UCCUCGGGCACCUUGUCCCUUCUUCUUUGCGGCCUAGUCGGCGCUCGAGUGCGCGACCCUCGCCGGCAACCGGGGUCGUGAUGGGCGGCGGAGGCAGCGCCCCGCGGAGGGUCACCUUCGAGGCGGACGAGAAUGACAACAUCACGGUGGUGAAGGGCGUCCGGCUGUCUGAAAAUGUUAUAGAGCGUAUGAAGGACCCUUCUUCAGCAAGUGGGAGAUCUCAGAAAUCGGGCUCAGGUGGUCACGGCACUUCAGUGAAUGAGGAAGACCUGAAGAAAAGAAUAGCUGAAGAAUUGGCAUUAGAACAAGCCAGGAGAGAUGCCGAAGCCCAUAAAAGACUGAAGCAGAAUCAAAUGCAUGUGCGAGAUGAAAUCAGCAAAGUUCUUGAGCGAGAGCGGGCUGCCUCAAACGAGCACUUGUCCAGAGCCAUCCUUAGAGAGAGAGCUGCGACCGAAGACGAGCGCCUCAAGGCACAGCUGUUGGCUAAGCAGCUGGAAGAGAAAGACAGAGAGCUGAAGAAGCAUGAUGCUUACUACAAAGAGCAGCUGGCUCGACUGGAAGAGAGGAGUUCGCAGUUCUAUAAAGUCACCACGGAGCAAUACCAAAAAGCCGUUGAGGAAGUAGAUGCCAGAUUCAAGCGUUACGAGUCUCGCCCUGUGUGUGCUGACUUACAGAGCAAAAUCUUCCAGUGCUACCAGGAAAACUCCCACCAGACACUGAGCUGCUCAGUUCUGGCCAGCGAGUACUUGAAGUGUGUCAACCAUGCCAAGCAGAGCCUGGCUGGCAGAGGAGGAUAGAAGCCCCUCCGCGUCAAGUGUCAAUCCAUCAACUCCAGUUCCAGCAGCAGAAUGGGGCGUUUUAUUCGAGAGCAAUCCAGCAGCCCAUUUGCAGGGCAGGCGGAAGAGAGAGAGAGGGAGAAUCUAGAAGGGCCAAAUCAAGACCGUAGGAUGCGGCAGCUCAAUCAGCGUGGCCAAGACCUGAAUCUCAUUAUGCUAGAUAUCACACAUCAGAGGACAGCUUGUGAAACCCACUUGCUGGUGAUUGCAGGAAGGCAAGGCAGAAACCUUCCACUGACCUUAGGAGGAGGCAGAAUAUUUUGUCCCAACACUGCCAUUUUCUCUGCAGAACCUGCUUUUGCUGCCAGCCCUUCCCUGGGCUUGUGUUGGCCUCCUGCUGCUGCGUUCCUCAAAGAAUUGUGUUUUUCCUUUGCAUAAUCAUGAGAAUGUGGGUUUAAUUUAUUGCCAAAAUUGUGUCACUGGGAGGGUCAUCUGUCUUUCCCCCCUCUGCUGGAAUCAUGUUUCUAAAACCUCCAUUGCAUGGGAGUUCAUUGAUUGCAAAUUAUAAUUGUAAUAAGGCAUUUGAUUACACGGUAACCGUAGCCUGUGAUUGUGCUGUGCUGUCACCAAGUACUGACAAUUAUGUUCUCUCGACAUCGAUAAUAAAACGCGCUUUGUGAAACGGA